GUUGAACUUGGUCCAGAGCGUCGACAUAACGCUUCUCGCUAAAGUCAUCAUCCCGCGAGUCCCGCGGGGCAAGUACUUAUAUCUCGUACUUGAGUAUCUUACGCUAUCGCGCGCUAGUCAUUUCAUUCACUGGCAUCAUCGUCGCCCGCGCACAUUCUACACACACGCACAAGCUGUUUUUUCUCGCGGCAGCGGCGGUCGGGGAGGUUAGGUCUCUCGCGGUCGAGAUGACGAUGAUGAUGGUUCUGUUGCUCGGGCGGCGGGCGAAUCACCGCGGUUGCAUUUCGCGUGGCUUGGUUUGUUUAUCUCUCCCAGCAGUCUCGCGUGUGCAGUGACGAGUUGACGACGCGGCGCUUGUUGUGGGUGCGGGUGUGCGCGCUUUUGGGACUUUUUUUGGCUGCUGCGGAGCUGCUGCCGUCGGCCGUACAUAGAGACACACUCUUGUGCAGCGAGAAAGUGGGUGUUUAUCGACGCUAUCAUCGGCAGUCGAGAGAUCAGUCGCGGGCGGCGGGACUAGAACUUAUGGAGAUCAACGAGAAAAAGGGUUCGGGCAAAGUUGGAUGCUGCGUCCGGCAGAUGGCGAUCAAGGUGUCUCUCGUAGACUGUCUGGGUGUGUAGAGUGUAGGAGAGGUUUUUAGAAACGAAACGACGGUUAAGCAUAAGUAGAUUUUUGGAAAGAUGUUGACGGAUAACGAACUCGUCAGGACGACUUUGGUUAGUGGCGAGCCGGAACUUGGCAAGGCCUUCCUCUUUGAGGCUGCAAUCUCCUGGGCAAAGGAGGGCCGGCAGAUACAUUACUUUACGUCCAAGCAGCUCGAGUCUCUACCACCGGCGUUUCACGACAGGAGCGAGCCUUCGGCGAACGCGCUCAAGAACAUAACUUUUAUCUACACGCCCAGCUACGAGGAGCUGAUCGCCCAGCUGAUUCGCCUCCGGAGCUUCCAGAAGCCACCCUCGAUCCUGCUGGUCGACGAGCUGGACGUGUUCAGCGACUACCGGAACAUCGGCUCCUCCUCCCGCGAACUCCACGCCGCCCGCUGUUGCGCCGUCCUUCUGAACGCUGCUCAGUCCUGCGCCAGGCUCACUUGCCCUCCACUUGUCCACGUCUGCGUCACGAGUUUCUCCACAGACCAGGCUCGUCGAGCGACUUACGGGAAGUACUUUGACAAUUUCUGGAACAUCUCUUCCGAGACGGCUGGCAGCGUGUGGAUGAGACGAGGCGAUGGCCAGAAAGCCAUGGAAUUCAAAAGGCUGGAUGACGCGGUCCUGGUGCUCAAGAGAGUUUUUAGCUGUCGAUGAGGCUCGGGUUCGGUGCAGAUUGUCGAUAGUAUCUUGAUUACGGAGAUACUCGUUUCGUUCGCUAACUUUGAGAAUUUGAAAUAAACCGUAAAAUUAU